CAUUCAUCGAGUACAUUCUAUUGAGCGUUUUAUUUACCCACAAGAGUCUCGUGUGCGUUUUGCUCUGGUUUCUUUUCGCAUUUGGUUUCUGCAGAGUGAAGGAGUCUCGAGGGCCGGAGGAAAGCAGGGUAGGAGGUAGGCAGCACAGCACGAGCUGUGCAUUCGGUGGCAGCGGUAGCGACAGAGUCACAGCACCAGCCAGCUGCGCGCGGAGGGCACAGCAGAACAGAGCGGAGCAGAACUGGAGCCUGGUGGAACGCGCAGCGCGCACCGAAGGGAACGCGCUGAGUGACAGCUUCGGAGGCACGGAGCGCCCCACGCCGCACACGAACCGAGCCCGAUAAUCUGCCUGAACCGCUCUUGUCAAAAGCAUCUGUGCGAAAUAACCCUCCUCGUGCAUAUCAGCUACUAAACUGCAGCCGACCGGAGCCUUGCAGUCUUCACUCAAUUGUGGGAAGAAAUCAACCGCACCUCAUAGCAAGGUAGCAGGCUACUGUACCUUGGCUUUCUCCUUUUCACUCAAAACGGGACAGUCUGGAAGUAACUAACCGUUUGUUUUUUUAAUUCUUCAAUACUGAGGAUAACACCUACUUGGCACUUGCUGAACGAUUGGUGAGAGCAAUUCUGUAAGGAGAGCGCAAAUAAGAUUUUUUUAGCAGCCACAUUUUUUUUGGAAUAUAUUCCGGCUAUUUAAGGGGAAUUUUAUUUGGAUUCUCUGUUCAUUUUCUUACUUUGAAUUCAAUCUCAGAAUCUCUGAUUGUUAUCGGUUGUUGCCUGUCGAAGGUAACAGCAGACAACCCGGAGAGGCAAAUAAGUUCAGUUCUGUAAGUGCGUUGGGUGUGAGCUCGCUAUGUGUGUGGUUGUAGCUUCCCCAUCACCCCUUCUAGAACCGUAGCCAGACGGUGUGGUCGAGAAGUAGUUUAGCUUCUCUCUCCCUCUGUACGUGACCACUUAGAGCUAACACCCCUUUCUAUGGAGUAGAUCGCCCGGAAAGAGACUAAUAGAGCGUUCUCCUUUCCCCCUGCCUGGUACCAACAGGCGGCUUUGGUCUAAAGGUUCUCCAGAGAAUGGUAAAUGACCGACGGGGAAUCAUGAACAGCACUUCGGAACUCGAAGAUGGACCACGGCAUAAAAACCAGAGGAUGAGCUGCAGCUACCUCCUGUGCACCAUCCUCCUCUUCGUCGCCGUCCUCCUGGCCGUCACGGUAACCGGCACCAUCCUCUUCAUGAAUCACUACCAGGCCCCGCCCAUGUCCGACGGCCCGCCCCACAUCUCAACCAAUCCGGACGAGGCCAACGCCCUGGUGACAGUGGAGAGGGGUGACGGCUCGCGCAUCAACAUCUUCAUCGACCCCAACUGUCCCGACUACAACGGGAACUUCCUUCGCCUGGAGGGGGUGCAGACAUCGCUGCUUCACUCGCUGAGUGACCACGACACCGACCUGAAGUCGGUCAAAGGUCAGGACCGGGCGCUGCUGGUCAACCUAGCUGAGGAGGUGACCAAACUGUCGGCCCACGCUGGUCAGCUGAAGAUGGACUACGAGUCUCUGAGACGAGGCCAGGGGAGUCUGGGGCAGGACCUGAACACACUGCAGACAGAGCAGGGACGCCUCAUACAACUGCUAUCUGAGAGCCAGAUCAACAUGGUGAAGGUGGUGAACACUGUGAGCGAUGCUCUCAGCUCCAUGCAGAAGGAGACAGGGGGACUGAAGGCUCGGGUCAAGGCUGACCUACAGAGGGCACCGGUCAGAGGGGCUCGUCUCAAAGGCUGUGCCAAUGGCUCUCGUCCUCGUGACUGUGGUGAUCUGUAUGCUAAUGGACAGAGGGAGGAUGGCAUCUACUCUGUGUUUCCCACUCACUACCCCUCCGGCUUCCAGGUCUACUGUGACAUGACCACAGACGGAGGGGGCUGGACGGUGAUUCAGCGCAGGGAAGAUGGCUCGGUCAACUUCUUCAGAGGAUGGGACUCCUACCGUGAGGGAUUUGGCAAGAUCACUGGAGAACACUGGCUAGGGCUGAAGCAGAUUCAUGCCUUGUCCAUCCAGGGUAACUAUGAGUUGAGGAUUGACCUGGAGGACUUUGACAACAGUACAGCCUACGCCCAGUACGAGACCUUUGGAGUGGGCCUGUUCUCUGUGGACCCAGAUGACGAUGGAUACCCACUGACGGUGGGAGAUUACUCCGGAAACGCAGGCGAUGCUCUGCUCAAGCACAACGGGAUGAAGUUCACCACCAAAGACAAGGACAACGACCACUCUGAGAACAACUGUGCCUCCUUCUACCACGGCGCCUGGUGGUACCGCAACUGCCACACGUCCAACCUGAACGGACAGUACCUCCGCGGGCAGCACACCUCCUAUGCUGACGGCAUAGAGUGGUCCACCUGGACCGGCUGGCAGUACUCCCUCAAGUUCUCUGAGAUGAAGAUACGACCCGCGCGCGACGAGAGCAAAUGAGUAUAUGAGGCAAUAACAGAGGAAAGGAAUUGAAAGUGUUCAGAGUAAUAAAACCACACCCUCAGAUACUGUUUACUGUCUGACUAAAAGGAUGGACAUCUUUGAUUCGUUUACUACUAUUCUCUACUGUUUCCUGUGGAGCCCUUGUCCCUCUCCACCGCCCCCCAGCCCCGCCCAACUUCAUGUGCCCCAUCCCUACCCUUAGUCCCCUAUCACAUACUAGUGUGUGCUGAGGCUUUUUGUGC